AUGACGAGCUCUCCCACAAAGCUGAUGGACACAGGAAAGGUCACAUCCGCCAUGUCUACUCUGACCCUCAAGGUUCGCCCUGUGCCUGGGAAAUACAUCCGAUCUCAGAAGGGACUCUUCUCCCUUUGCCAGCUCCCAAUUGAUAUUCGCGACCUCAUCUAUGAGUUCGCACUCGUCGAACCGAAGAGAAGGGACAUCGAACACACACCUGACUGUAGCGGGUAUUCCAAAUCCUUUAAAUACCUCGAGCCUCCCGCUUUCCUCCUCAAAGACAUCGUAAUUUCCGAGGAGCCUCAUCGUCUGUUCUGGGACUUAGAUGGCUUUUACUGGCCUCGGGAACCUUUGUGCCGCUGCGAUCAGCGUAAGGGUCUUGGACUAUUGCUGGCCAGCAAGCAGGUGCACGCCGAAGCAGCGCCGAUCUUCUGGUCAAAAAACACCUUCAGUUUCCUGAGCGGCUACGAGGUUAUCACGGCCUUGAACCAUCUUCUCCGGCCAAAAUAUCGAGACCUCGUCUCCUCCAUCAGUGUGCUGAGGAUGUGGUCCGGUGCCAUGGGACUCAUUCUGGCAGACGAUGUCAAGGUGCCGAAACCUGAAGGCAAUCGAGGUCCCUACCGUUGCGUUGGAAACAUCACCCUCUGGGUUUCAUCAACUUGCGAUAGAGAAGCCAGCGCUGAGGACAAACCUCGUCGACCUCAUUCCAUUUCGCAAGUGGACGGACACGCCGGCAUGCACCAACCCCUGUGGCGCACGCAUAAGGGUGAGAUCAUUUACGCCGAGACUUCUUCGAAAUUGAAAACUGUUCAGGAAUUAAGAAGUUCCGACGAGGAACCCUGCCUUGACUUUUGGAAGAAAGCCGCAAGAGAAAGAAAAAAUCUCCUUUGUCGCACUCGCGAGGCCAUCGCACAGACAUGUUUGCGCAAUUUUGACGAGCCUCAUAGCUACCGCUGGCAUCUCCGUCGCAUUAUCGAUAGCAAGGAAAAAAGAUUUGUCCGCCUCGACUUGGGCGAGGGCAGGUUCUCUUCUGUCAAGUUCUACGGCCUUCCCGCAUCACUCAAGGAAACUCGGCAAAUCGCCUGGGAUAAGCACCUCAAGGACGAGGAAUUCAGAAAAUUGAAAGGUAUGUACCCCAGUCACAGCAAUUUGAAGACAUGGUGCCCCUUCUUUAAGAGGAUAGUAGAAGAGGAAGGGUUGGAUGAGGAGCAGUCCGCCGAACUGUGGGAAACCGGGUAUACUUACACCGUGUAUUCUGACUCUGAGCCGUCUCGCACUGAGCCGUCUUACACUGAGCCAAUCAUUGGUUCAGCGACUUGUCAUCUGCCUCGUGCAAUCAGCAACCGGCGGGCGAGUAAGAAGGUUCUCAAGGAUAAGAAAAAGGCUACAAGAACUGAUGCUGAGAAUCGUCGCAAGGAGAAGAAGCGGGAUCAUGAGUGGGCUUGCAGAGAAUCACUACUCGACGACGAUGUCGAUGACGACUACUGCUAUUAG